GCGGAGCGGCCCAAGAUGGCGGCGGGCGGCGGCGAGCGGCGGGAGCGGGCGGGCUGUGCCCUCGGCCUGGCGCUGCUGCUCGGCUGGGCCCUGGCGGCCCGCGGGCAGAACCUCCGCGAGCAGGACCCCCGCGAUCCCGUGAACGCGGAGACGCUUCUGAAAAAUAUUUCUUCUAAAAGUGAGAAUGAAACACUGAGCAGAUCCCAAAAUUUGACAGACAGCUUGCAGAGCCUAACCUCAACAAAAAAGGCAAUCCCAACAACAGCCAAAAUCAGUUCAGUGACUGCAGGAAAGGCACCUACAGCAAAAGGUGACUCUUCCUCAUCUGUUCUCCCUGCUAGUCCGGUAUCUCCAAUUGAUGCUUCUGAAGAUACUAAAAUUGAGGACGAGGAUCUUCUAACAGAUUUGAAAGAUACACUAAAUAGUUCCCCACCCAUCAUAAAAGAAACUCUGGAGUCAGAUGGGGAUGAUUAUGGUCCUUACGAGAUGACACCGAUUUCCAGGUACAACCCAGACCUAGAGAUGCCGGAUGACGACGACUCCGACACCAUCAGCAAUUACAACGAGGAGAUCAAGACCCUGGAUGAGAAGAUAAAAGGGGUUUCUGUCUCAGGGUUGGAAGAAGAAGAGGACAGCCAUUUCUUUUUUCAUCUGGUUGUAGUUGCCUUCUUAGUAGCUGUUGUUUAUGUCACCUAUCACAACAAGAGGAAGCUCUUCCUGCUGGUGCAGAGCCGGCGCUGGAGGGACGGGCUGUGCUCUCGGACGGUGGAGUAUCAUCGCCUGGACCAGAACGUGAACGAGGCGAUGCCUUCCCUCAAAAUAACCAACGACUACGUGUUCUGAGAGCACUGUGCUUUGGGUUUGCUGAACUUAUCACUCUUUGCCUGCCCAGUCAUGUAAUGAUAUUCAGGUAUCCCAAAUAAGCUGCUUGUACAGAAAUGAGAUGUACUCUCUGUGACCUGGAUGCUUUGGAGAUUAAAUCUCAUGGAAGAUCAAGGGCAUGACACAUCUGUUUGCUACUUUGGUCGGGUUUUAUAUCAACUAUGAAGAUGCAGAGUUUAAUAAAUUAGUGCUCUUUCCAU